GAUAAGAAUGUUUAUAAAUAAAGAAAAAAUUUGUUAUCAGUAAAAGAAAUGUUUUAUUCCGUUAAAUGUAAUUAAUGGAUUUGAUUAUAUUGAGCAAACCUAGUUGUGUUUGUUGACCGAAAACUUGAAAAACAAUGUUAAAAUUAGGAAAAUUUGCCUUUCUGACCAAGAAAACCAUUCAAAUUCCAGUGUGCAAGCUUUCUACAGUUCCAUUACAAAAUCAGAUUUUAGAAUCCAAGGAACAACCUUUAACUGACACUUUUGGAAGACACCACAACUACCUCAGGAUAUCUUUGACUGAAAGAUGCAACUUACGAUGUCAGUAUUGUAUGCCAGAAGAAGGAGUUAAUUUAACAGCAAAAUCGGACCUAUUAACCACAGAUGAGAUAAUAAAAAUUGCCGAACUUUUCGUUAAAGUUGGAGUUAAUAAAAUAAGGUUAACAGGGGGAGAGCCAACUGUUAGGAAAGACAUUAUCCAGAUCGUUGAACUUCUGAAAUCAAUAGAAGGCCUAGAGACUGUGGCAAUGACAACUAAUGGAUUAACCCUAACCAGGCAGCUUGUAGCCCUCCAAAAGGCAGGCCUGGAUAUUUUAAAUAUCAGCCUAGACACACUAAACGCCGAGAAAUAUUUGAAAAUAUCGAGAAGAAAUGGCUGGAAAAGGGCAAUGAUGGGCAUCGACCUGGCAUUACAAUUAGGCUAUAGUCCGGUAAAAGUGAACUGUGUUCUUAUGAAGGGUGUAAAUGAUGCAGAAAUCAUAGAUUUUGUCAGCCUAACUAAGGAUAAAGAUCUGGAUAUAAGGUUUAUAGAAUACAUGCCUUUCUCAGGUAACAAAUGGAACGAGAACAAAAUGGUUUCAUACAAAGACAUGGUCCAAGAAAUCAGAAAUACUUAUCCAGGAUUUUAUGCCAUGAAAAACGGCCCAAAUGACACCUCAAAGGCUUGGAAAGUUCCAGGCUAUAAAGGGCAAAUAGGCUUCAUAACAUCGAUGAGUGAACAUUUUUGCGGAUCUUGCAAUAGGCUCAGACUCACCGCCGAUGGUAAUUUGAAAGUUUGUCUAUUCGGCAACACCGAGGUGUCUUUGAGGGACGCUCUGAGGGCAAAAUGCUCAGAAGAAGAUCUCGUCGCUCUCAUUUCAGCUGCCGUAAAAAGGAAGAAGAAACAACAUGCGGAAAAUCGCCACUCGAACCUGUUAUCUCCGAUCCCUAAGCUUCCAAACAUUCUGCCAUUCUUCCCAAAAACCCUCCAAUACCAAACCGUACGUCAUUAUUCCACCGAACCACAAGACAAACCGAAAACCCACCUGACCCACAUCAACGCCGAAGGCAAGGCCUCGAUGGUCGACAUAAUUCAAAAGCCGAUAACCGUUAGGACCGCGCAGGCCACCGCAACCGUAAGAGUCGGCCCCAAAGUCACCAUGUUAAUUAACCAAAACGCCGUUAAAAAAGGCGACGUGCUCAGCAUAUCCCAGAUAUCGGGCAUCUUGGGGGCGAAAAAAACCUCGGAAAUCAUCCCCUUGUGUCACAAUAUCGCUUUGACGAAAAUCAAUGUUACCGCCGCCUUAGAUGUGCAUAAGGAAGAAGUGAAACUUUUGAGCGAAGUGAGCUGUGAGGGACGCACCGGGGUGGAAAUGGAAGCUUUGACCGCCGUCAGUGUUGCUGCCCUCACUAUUUACGAUAUGUGCAAGAACGUCAGCAGGGACAUAGUGAUUUCGGAUAUUUGCUUAAUUAGUAAAACCGGAGGGGCCAGCGGUACUUAUGUUAAAGAAGAGGUGGAGGUGAGAGAUUAUGAUCAUAGGCCUAUUACUAGGUUGUCUCCUUGGGUCGGAGCUGUUUAGCAUGAAGUAUCUUAUUUUUAGUUGAAUAGAAGUCCAUAUUAUGUAGGAGAAUGUGUAUAUAAAGAUAACAAAUUGGGGAAGUCUUUAUCUCCAAGAAAAAUGGAUGUAGGUCAUUUAGUUAAAUGUAUUAUGCAUUUCGGCUGUGUAAACAGCCAUCAUCAGAUACAGAACAUCACAAAAAACAAAUAUGUUCAACAAAUAAAACUCAAAAAAACUACCAGUAAAAAAGUUUUUAAUUUUAAUUCUUUUAUUUAUUGUUGUCUUUAUUCCCGAUAACGGGUAGUUUUUUUGAGUAUUAUUUGUUGAACGUAGGGGAGAGUGUUCCACAAUCAGACACAAAAUAGAUUUUGCUAAGUAUUGACUUUGUUUAUUGAACCAACCAAAAUACGAUUAUCACUAAAAUAAAUUAAGGCUAAACAUAAGUUUUUAUGGUAGAACAAACAUCAUAAACCAAAAACUAAUUUAAAAAAAGUUUGUUUAACCAAGGACAGUUGUCUGUUAGUGGAACACACAUGUUCCACGUCGGUUACAAGCAUCGCCGCGUCUUCAUUUUCUUCGUCUGUUGAGUCUUCAUCGAUUACUUUUCUUUUCACGACCUUAUUCUUCUUAACACUUUUUUUUCUUUCUCACUCCAUUUGUUUAGCUUCUAGGGCGAUCUUUUCUGGAGUGUCCGUGGCGAUAAUACUUUUAGCUUUUUCUCUCUUCUUUCUCUGAUUUUUUCGUUCUUCAGCUUUUGGGUAUCCUUUAAAUUGUUGUAGACUUACGAAAGUUUCUUUGUGAUUUUGUGUAGGUGUUGUGUUUAAACUAACUGAUACUGAAACUAAGGAGUCUGACAUUAUAUUUUCUUCGAUGCAUUUUUUGAUGGUUGAUUUGGAUCAAUAAGUCGUUGAUCUUCUUCAUUGUUUUGAUCCACAUUCCUAUCCGUUACGCUGCUAAUUGCAAAGUCGUCAUCUGUAAAUAUGAAUUUAUCGAAGGAUAAAUCCCAGUUUUUCGAAAUCCAGAUUUGAUAUUAGCGGGAGUCAUCGAUUUUUCAAAUGCAUAAGCAACACAGCCAGCGAUAUCAAAAAUAGAAACAGGUAUCCCAGGGUGCUCUAAAAGCCAUGUUUGUAAGGCAGUAUUGUAGAAUGAUUUAAACGAAAAAAACACCGAGACAUCUAAUGGUUGCAGCUUGUUGGAAGUAUGUGGCGGUAAGGUCAAAAUGAUCACUCCAUUUUCCUUGGCUAGAUUUAUUCCUUCUAUAGUUAGAUGACUCUCGUGAUUGUCAAAAAUAGAGAAGGGUUUUCUUUUGUGCUGGACGCAUAUUUAAUGAAGUGCCUUAAAACGCUUGGAAACAAUUCACCAGUCAUCCAUCCAGAAUCGGAAACCAAUCCCAAAGUACCAUGCGGUGCUCCAUAAGUCAUUCGAGGAUUAAACUUUUUUCGUGGAAAAAUCAUGACUGGUGGUAUUGUAUUCCCGGAUGCUGAUAUAAUACAACAAGUGGUGAUUAGUAAACCUCGUUCGGCGCUCGUGCAGGAAGAGACCUGCUUGAUCCCUCUCUGAGCAACAAUCUUUUUCGGUUUUUGGACGGUUGUGGUGGCAGUUUCAUCUAAAUUAUAAAUUUUUGUACCGCUGUAAAAAUUUCCAUGGUUCAGAAACCCUUUUUUCAAAUUUUUGAAAAAAAGUCUAACAUUGUGUUUGUUGAAUGAUGUCGCUCUGGAGAGACUACAUCCCUGGCGAAGAUUUAAUUCUGCAUGUCUGGACAUAAAUCCUAGGAACCAUUCGCGUCCAGCUUCCUUGUUUGUUUGCAAAUUUUCCGGAAUUUUACAAUUAUUAAUAGUUGCCAUUUCAUAAGCCAGUUUUCUGAUAUUAAUGACCGUUUGUCCGUAACACAUUUUUGAGCAAGUUAAUACGUAAUCGGCUAGGGCUUUUUCUUGAUUUUCAGAAAAAACUUUUCUACAAGCAUAAUUUGGAGCCAUUUUAGGGAUUCUGUUUUUGCCUUUUUACAUAUUCAUAAACCGUUUGAAAUUUUAAAUUGUAUCUUUCAGCUGCUUGUCUUAAACAUAUCUUCUCUUCGGUGGCUGCUCUAACGGAUUGUUCAUCAAAUUGCCCUUUAUCGCUUUUUCGCUGACGUCCUCGAGCCAUUUUUCCUGAAAUAUAAAUUAAAUAGCCCAAAAUCUGAUGUAAAGGUUGUUUUUGUAAUACUAGUUUCAGAAGAAAAAAAUAGAGCAUAUAAUAUAUCGACAAUAGGAAAAACUUACCUUGAAAAACGAUUUUUUUAUUAAAAAAUCCACAAAACCAAGAGAACAGCGUUCAAACUUUGUUUACCACAUCGGCGUGUAUAACCGCACUAUCCGAACGAAAAACGUCAAACUUGCGGCGGGAAUUUCAAAAUUACGUGCUUUGUCUGAUUGUGGAACAUUCUCCCCUAAAUGUUUUUUGUGAUGUUCUGUAUCUGAUGAUGGCUGUUUACACAGCCGAAAUGCAUAAUACAUUUAACUAAAUGACCUACAUGCAUUUUUCUUGGAGAUAAAGACUUCCCCAUUUUGUAAUCUUUGUCUUAUUUUUAGUCUAUUGAAUGUUAUGUUUCUUGUAUUAGUAGUAUAUUGGGUUAUGGUAUAAGGGUUUUAUAUGCUUUAAGCAAUUUUGAAAUAUUUAGAUUUCUAAAUGACCGAAAAGGAAGGGGCUGACUAGCUUUAUUUAGUGAAGAUGCUGUCUAUUUUUUAAAAAAAAAUAUAUUACAGUUUUUUAAUUGUUAGUUUAGUCUUAUAUUCUAUAUUUUUGUAACCUAUUAUAUUAUAUUAUAAUAAAGCGAAUAUUAUACAUAAAUUA